AUGCUUAAACCAUUUAACGCCUCCAAUCCGGGAACUAGGGAACAGCCCGCGGCGUUUUUACCGUUUUUGCCUCUAGCUGCACCACAGCCGGGAGAGGACGGAAGACCUGGCAGCUACGCAAACGGGGCUCUUCAUAGUUCAAUUCAAAACAUCUGGGACAUCCCAGAUGUAUGGGCAAACGGGCCGCCACUGGUAGAAACCCCGCCUGAUACACAGGCUCCAACUGCGAAAAGGCGGCGACUUCAACAUGGCACUAAGCACGCGGUCAAUCCUUUCAAUGGUAUACAGGAAUUCUCGAAAAAUGCUCACCGUUCUCAUUCUCGGGCGCACCUCAAAAUGAGAAAUAACCUUGUUGAGUCAAUCGAUGCUAAAGACGCAGCUCUUAAAGAGUCCUAUGAUCCUGCUACUAUCGCACGGGAUAUUUUGAUAAACGCGGAUAAGCAUCCCACUGAGCCUAAUUUGAACCAUCAUUUGGAAAUACUCAGUCAGAAGAUACCCUCCGUCACCAUCACUUCUGAUUUGGCAACACUUCGCUGGGAUCUGCUUGACCCCGUGGGACCACGUGACAUUCCUCAAGGCUCGCCUGCUCCGUCGCGUCCGAACGCUCUUGGCGCGUUGCCAUUUGUACCUCCAUCUUACCAUUCUCGACAAUUACCGUCGCCUCCUGCCCCUGCUCCUGUUCUCAAAUUCGCGCGUCCCACCCUUCAACCCCCUCCUCGGCCCCUUCCUUCCUCUUCGCCUCCACUCCUACGUUCGGCCCCGCCUCCGAUGUUUACAAGGCCGUCCGUACCAACGCCAAAUUCAACUCCGACGCCGACGCCGGCGCCGGUGCGACAGUCUGUGGUAGAGCUACCAUCCAGCUCAAAGCAAACACCGGCGCCGAUACCGCCACAGACAACUAAACCAGCAUCACCUUCAAGGUCCAGCCCAAGACCAAGACAGGCUUCGAAUACAUCGAACCUAAACGUGCCAUCACAGUCCCCGCUUAAACCCCCUCGCACGCAAAUGCAGGUGGUGAUCCCAACGAGCCCUCGCGGACCCCCUCACAAGAAAGGCCACGUCGGUCGGCCCGGGAAGACUGCCCCGAGUAAGAGCCACUUACUGGGGACCAUUCACCACAAGUCGACAGUCUCAUACCCAGUCUUUCACUGCAAAUGGUUGGAUUGUGAGGCAGAGCUCCACAACCUGCAGACUCUUCAAAGCCAUGUCCUCAAGGUUCAUAUUCCGCACAACCUUCAAUGUGGGUGGGGAGAAUGUGCCGACCCAACCCCGCGGGCUGCAGCCAACAUGUGGGAGCAUGUUACCUCGCAGCAUCUCGAAGAAGCGGCCUGGGCCUCUGGCGACGGUCCAGUGAUUCGUUCUGCGGACGACUAUGAAUCAUCCGGGUUCCCGCUUUCUUUGCGGAAUCCUCGCCCGGGCACCAUGACCCUUCCAGCUAACGAAAACACCAUCGACGCCUUCAGUCGCGUUCACGGCCCUUACAACCACAAGGAAAAGGCGGGGAAAUUCCGAGACGGAGGCAUUCGCUGGAAGGUGGGAACGGGGGUCGAUACGGAUGCGAGCAACCGAAGCCUCUCCCAGCCGGCCAUGCAGCCUUUUGUGCCCGACCUGGAGAGAGCGAUAACGAUCAAUAACCCUUGA